AUGACCUCCGGUGAGGCCAAGGACAAGAGCGACCAGUCAACACGCAGACAGACCGAGUUCAAAGAUUUGGAAAUCCGAGGAACAUGGACUGGCCAGUCAGACGACCCUGUAGAGAUCAAGAUAUUGCUCGAGGCCCGAUGUGUGCCAUCUUCUCAGUUACAGCUGCUUGAUCUGCAGUCGCCAAAGAUCAAGCUUAUCAGGACGUCUGUCAUCUGUGUGUCCAAGGGAUCAGAAACUGGAGAACCCGAGACCAGGCUUCCGUCACCAGCAAGCCCUCUGUUUGCCUUUUCCAGCACGGGUGUACAGAAUGAGCUUACACCAGGCGAAUCGGGCGUCGCUGGACCGGAGCUGAAUGCUCAAAAAAGCGAAUCUGUGUCUCCGGAAGCAUCUUCUCGGUACAGCCUCUCAACGGGUCUGCGCAUCAGCGUCGCAAAAUGCGAGGAGAACCCGAGUCUCCUGAAAAGAAGCGCGAAAGACGCGUGCCUAUCAGAUGUAGAAUCGGAUCCGCGAACCGAGAAGAGAAGCUCUAGCAAGGAAUCCGAACCUGGUACUACUGACGCCCCGUCCCCCGCCAAGAGUCCGUUCAAACAAACCCACAGCCAGGGGAGGCCAAGUUUGAUCCCUGUUCGAGUGAACAAUCACCGGAGAACCGAGACGGAGAAGCCGGUGUCUGUGCCACCACCUUCAACCCCGGUUCUAUCACAGGGGAGUGACCUAUUUGGACAAGACGUGAACACAGCGUGCAAGGAUGAGACGAGUCCCUAUGAUGUGGUGCCAGCAAACCUCACCAAUUCACCAUACCGCAAGAAUAUCCUUGACCGAAGUGACCGAGUCGCAGCACACGGCGAUGGAAGUGACGACUUGAGCCCCGAGGAACCAGAGCUCGUGCUCUUGGAUGGAAUCCUGUUACUCCAGUGUCACUAUCUGGCCAAACCAGGAACGUACAGAAUCGGGAUCACCAUCUCCUGUACUCUGGACAAGCUGAAGCCAAGGGGGUGGCACGAACUGCGGAUCCCCGGCCUGCCGCACUUGAAGCCAGAGGAAAGCGGCAUGUUCAUCUUCCUGCCUCCCGAGCGCCAUGGGCUCGAGAUCCGCACGGCCAACCUACCACGCUACAAGAUUGUGGAGAACUGUUUCUGCGCCGAGUUCACCGACUCGGCCAGCUUUACCGUCCCGCUGCGCGUGUGUGAUAAACGCUUCUACCUUCUCAAGGACUUUACUGUGGACCAAGAGAUUCGCGCCGAGUACGAGGUAAGCACGACUGCCGACGACAUCCAAAAAGAAAAAGAAGAAGAAAGAGAGAGCAAGCGACUACUAGUGAAAUACAACGCGGUCUGCUCGGUGCGAACCCCGAACCGAUUUUUCUCUGCAGACAAAUGUGGGCUCUUUCUCCAUAUCGAGGGCGGCCCGGAUGGGUUCUUCAAGAUCCGGCUCGACCCGGACAAGACCGGAGACGACGGUAUGCAGACCAUCCGUCUGGAAAAGGAGGACCGGCGGUCGAUUGGCGUGUCGACAAUCCGGCUGAUCUGUUCGAUCAAGGAUCUAGACCGGUUCUGCAUCCGUUGGGAGGCGGAGAUGCAUCGCGACGAGGCCGGGUCCCUCCACUGGCUGCCGCGCAUCUACCCGGGGGUUUACCGCCUUGUUGAACAUAGGAAACUCACUGCUGAGACUGGGUCUGGCGAGAGUGCAGAGCGGACGACAGACACUGUAGUUGAAAAGGACUCUCCGGGGGUUCCCCUUGAUUGUAUCGAGGAGCGGCACCAUGAAGAGCGUUGCCCCGAAGAGGAUCGUUCCACCGCAGAGAGGCAGUGCCUUGAAGAAAGUCGGUGCCUUGAAGAGCGUUGUAUUGAGGAGCGGCACCCUGAAGAGCGUUGCUCUGAAGAGCGUUACCCUGAAGAGGCUUGUGAUACUCAGGACGGCCUCCAAGACAGUCUAGUAGACGAAGUCACGGAUUCCGAUCCUUCUAUAUCCCACACCAGUAUCGAAAGCAGCGCCAAAGGUACCAGAUGGGGCGUGUACAGGAUUUUGCUUCUACUUCUCGGGAUCGCUCUCACAGGCCUUGCGUACAGCAGGAGAUCGAUAUCACAGCCAGCCAGAACGGACCAUCCAGUCGCACCGAUGCCUCGACUUGAACUCCAAGACAACGUGGACACCAUCCUAGGCGAGUUCUUCGAUAUCGGCCAGUGUCAGCUGCACGACAUGCCCCAAGUGGAAGCAGAUGAGAUGAUUGAGAUCGAAACAGUGCCCAGUCUACCGUCUAUCCGAGAUCGGAUCGAUUACCUGCUUGGAUGGAGGGGUGACCAGUAA